UCAUACUGUAUGGAAGGGCAGAGAGAGAGCAAUGGAUGAGAUCUAUGGCACUUGGGCUAGUAGCUUCCGACACUUAUUCAAUUUCAAAGCAGAGAUGCAAAAGAGAUCUCCGGGCAUCAUUGUUGAGGUCGAUACACAAAUUAAGGAUGGUAAGGUUUACUUUCACAGAUUUUUUAUUUGAUGUUGAUGUUGAAUGUGCGUUUGAAGGAGAUGCUCAAACCAGCCCUGGUCCUGUCAAAGGGAGUCAAGCUGCUGUUGGAACUCCUAUUCGGGGCACAUUUGCAUUGCCUCUACACUGCAGCCCUGGUCCUGUCACAAGGAGUCAAGCUGCUCUUCGAACCCCUGUCCGGGACACAUCUGCAUUGGCUGCCCUACAAGCCAGCCCCGGCCCUGUCACAAGGAGGAAACUUGCUCUUGCAGUUGCAUCAGAUGGAGCAUCUGGAACCCCCAAUUCUCCACAAAGACCUGUUGUGACCGCUGCAAAAAAGAUCACACCGAAGAGGAAGAGAAGAUCUUAAAAUCACAGUGCACGACUGGAGAGCUAGUGAUGCUUUUGAUUUUGCUAUGUAAUCUGUGAGAGUAUUGUGUUUAGAAUGUUUGUUUAAGACCACAUCGAGCCCUUUUUAUUUAGGACAUAUGAACUGUAUGCAAGCUUUGAAAUGUAUUGAGCUGAUUAUAUCACUUCAUUAUAUUUGUUGCCAUCUAUACAUUGUUCUUGUCAAGAUGCUACAGAAAUGAGGAAAGGUCAUGUCAAAUUUUCCAAUGAAAUUGUUGCCAUUUGAAGCACACGUUACAUGGUUACAUGGCACCUUC